UAUAAAUCGUUGGUAAGCACCAUAGCUGCUCUGGUCUAACAUAAUAAAGGAAUUUUUUGUUCUUGGUUUAUCCAUUCCUAGAUCUUCUCAUGGAGCCUGCAAACCAAAUGGUUCAUGAACACCAACCAAAAUGGGAAGGCAAGGCUUGUGCAGAGCUGAGAGGUCUAAAAGCAGAGCAAGUAUGGCCACUCUUGGAGGACUUCUUUAGCCUAAACAAGUGGUUCCCAACUCUCACUACAUGCCUUCCUGUGGAAGGAGUCUCCGGCCAGCCAGGUUGCAUCCGUUAUUGCGCUGGGUUUAAGACUCCGGCCAACAAUGGUGAUGAGAUAGUGAACUGGACUAAGCAGAAAUUGCUGUCCAUUGAUCAGAGUGAACUGAGUUUUAGCUAUUCAAUUGUUGAUGGAAACGUUGGGUUCAACUCUUAUGUGUCAACAGUCAAAGUGGUGCCAAUGGAAGAUGGGUGUAUGAUAGAGUGGUGGUAUGAAGUUGAGCCAGUGGAAGGGUGGAGGCUGGAGGAUUUGGAUUCUUUUAUUGGCUCUGGUUUGCAGGUCAUGGCUAAAAGAAUGGAAGAAGCUCUCACUGUUGCUGCCUAGAGUAGUCAAGUGAUCGUGUAAGUUGUGUAAAAGUUGUUUGACUCAUACGUGAUCUAUUUAUAAUCAUGUUAUAUUAUAUUUGAUUUAUGUUGUGUUUAAUACAUGUUUCCUAAAAUCCGUAUCAUGUUUAGCCAAUUUUAGACCGGAGGGUUUGGAUUCUUUUAUUGGCUCAGAUCUGCAAGUAAUGGCUAAGAGAAUGGAAGCAACUCUCCAGGCUACCAUCUGUAAAAUCGCUAGUUAUAUCCAACCUUUUUGUUGCUGUGUAGGGUUGUCAAUUGAUCGCGUUUUGUUUUUAAGUUGUGUUAAAAUUUGCUCAACGCAUACUCAACCUAUUUAUGAUUGUGUCAUGUAACUCAUGUCGGGUUUCUGUCAUUUACUAGAUGAAUCAUUC